UGACCUUGUUAGCUUUCUUCUAACUGCACCCUUCUUUCUGUCAUAAUUUGUUUUCAAUUGUUGUUGAAGAAAUGCAUUCGGAGCUUGAGACUUGGACAGCUUUGGUUGCCAUUUUGUGCUUUCUGGGCUUUAUUCUGAAGGAGACAGUUAUGGGAGGGAAGAGUUCAAAAGGGUCUAAUAGGGAACAUGUUUCCUCAUAUGAAUAUGCUGGUUCUUCAUCUUCAUGGGAUAACUAUGGAAGAUAUCCAACACAAUCACCACCAUACCCUCAGCAAAAUCCAUAUCAAACGCCUCAUCACCACCGUGCAUCAGCAUCAGCUCCAUUUCAUGAUUAUGGACAACCAAAAAGGAAGUUGGAUAGGAGGUAUUCCAGGAUAGCUGAUGAUUACCGUUCACUUGAUGAGGUUACUGCUGCUCUUGCAAAUGCUGGGCUGGAAUCUUCUAAUCUCAUUGUUGGCAUUGAUUUCACAAAGAGCAAUGAGUGGACAGGGAAGAGGUCAUUCAACAGAAAAAGUUUACAUGACAUUGGAAGUGGUCAUAAUCCCUAUGAACAAGCAAUCUCUAUUAUUGGGAAAACUUUAUCUGCUUUUGAUGAAGAUAACUUGAUUCCUUGUUUUGGAUUUGGAGAUGCUUCUACACAUGAUCAAGAUGUGUUUAGUUUCCAUUCAGAUGAGAGGUUCUGCAAUGGGUUUGAGGAAGUCUUAACACGAUACAGAGAAAUUAUUCCUCACCUCAAACUUGCAGGACCUACUUCGUUUGCCCCAAUUGUUGAAAUGGCUACGACUAUUGUUGAGCAAAGUGGUGGCCAAUACCAUGUAUUGCUAAUAAUUGCAGAUGGACAGGUGACCCGAAGCAUCGACACACAACAUGGCCACUUAAGUCCACAGGAACAAAAGACAAUAGAUGCAAUAGUAAAAGCCAGUCAGUAUCCACUGUCAAUAGUUUUGGUGGGAGUUGGAGAUGGACCAUGGGAUAUGAUGAGGGAAUUUGAUGAUAACAUCCCUUGUCGAGCAUUUGACAAUUUUCAGUUUGUGAAUUUUACUGAAAUAACGACGAGGAAUGUAGAUUCAGCAAGAAGAGAGACAGAGUUUGCUCUUGCAGCUUUGAUGGAGAUACCUUCUCAAUAUAAGGCAACCAUUGAGCUUGGCUUAUUAGGUGCACGGAGGGGAUAUUCACCAGAUAGGGUUCCUCUACCGCCGCCUCUUUAUAACCGGACUUCUUCCAGCAUCGGCGCAAAAUCUUUUCGGUCAAACAGUUUUCAGCAAAGUGUACCUACACAUACUGGCUAUGAUAGUGGUGUUCACACAGAACCAUCUACAAGUUCUUUAUAUGAUAAUAAGGUUUGCCCCAUUUGUCUCACUAAUGGAAAGGAUAUGGCCUUUGGUUGUGGGCAUCAGACUUGUUGUGAAUGUGGAGAAGACCUCCAAUUCUGCCCCAUAUGUAGGAGCACAAUCCAUACUAGGAUAAGGCUUUACUAGUUAACUUUGCUGUAGACCUGCUUUCAAUGAAAUUUUCAUUCAUUGCCAGAAUAAGGUUAGCCAUGAACGUUUUGAUAACGUCAAAAACUGAAUGUUCUGUUGAUACCAUAACUCAUAAAUUAACAUGAUUUAUAAGCAGGGUCGCAAAGAGAUGUGCAGAGUUGGUCUAGGUCUUUUGAUGGAUGGGUUUCUUGUGCAUGAAAACUUACAUGCCCAGUACGAAGAGUUGUUUAUAGAAAUAAAGGACCUUAACCACCCCUUCUUUUGUAUAUAUGGAGUUUGUGUGUAGACCUCAUGUUUUAAAGU